GUCGCCUUCCAUGCUGAUAUCUUGAAUUGUUCAGACUUGUGAACAAUUUCGACUCGCUUAUAUACGGUUUCUCUUGCCCAUAAGCUGUCUAUUUCGCUGCACCGUUCCUUGGUUCUACAUCCAAGUGUACCAUCCUUUGCCCUUACUCGACGAGGUCUCCACCCAAGCUGGAUUGGUUUUGGGCUAGCAAGACGGAUUCUGGCUCUGGGGAGAUAGCCAGCAAAAAGAUGUCACAGCCUUCAUCUACGGAGGCCCCAGUGCUGACUCCUCAAUUCUGUUUCGAUGAGAAGCUUCUGCGAGACUUCCUUCGUCUGUCCCGCUCUACUAUUGAUGACUCGAUUACACAGAACCUUAACGCGCUAGUAACUCCUUCGCGCGAGGGGUUCGAUCCAUCCUCGACUGCCAUACGACAGACCGAUUCAAGCACUCGAAAGGCGAUUGACCCCUCUGCGUGUCAAGGUUUCAAAGAUAAUGUGCUGUUCCCGUCAUGGCAGGCUCGAUCAGAUGUCCUCAAUUAUUGCGCCGGAGUUGCAACCAGCCCCGACCCGGAUGACCCGGAUCUGAUACUGCGAGAGACCGAGUCUGCGCGAGAUCGCGAACGAGUUGUCAAUGAACGGUUGGAUCCAUACUCGGCCCGCUUCUUCCCGCGUGAAGCCCGGACUGAAUCACUGGCAAACUUGAUUCGCAACCAGCGUACCGUGGAGGAGAUUAUCCGGGCUCGAACAUGGGGCAUGGUGACUGAGAGGUGCGCCGGAUCUUCUCCUUCAUGGGAGGAAGCCCUGAAUACCUGGCGGCACACUCAUCAGCGAUAAGGGUUUCCCUCUUGCGAGGGCAGUUCUAACAGCCAUAGCAUAGACAUGGGGGCACAUGUGCAUGCAUGCAUGCAUGGACUGAUUGCUAAUUUGACUCUCUCGACUCUUCACCCUCCCUGCGUCACUCCGGCCCUGGAGAUGAAAAUCCACAAUCUGUACAUUACUGUAUAUACAUAUAAAGCGUUAUGUUGCAUGACUAUUAUGUUUGGGUUUCUGAAUGCUACCCCUCCCAACCCUUUGUUAUGUAGAGAAUUUAGAUGAGAAAAGUGUACA